AUGAUUAAUGAUAGUUUGGAUACUAAUAUUCAACCUUCUUCUUCUGCUGAUGCAGCAGCUGCAGCGCCUGCAGUAGAUGGAGGUAGCGUCGUUAGUCGCCACCACAAGUCUGUCCUGCAAGAUUCAAGUAAUUUGGAUACCCAUUUAAAAGGAUUCAACCAGUUUAUUUAUCUCGGCGCAGCAGAGGAAGCGGGACGACAAGAGGAUCACGAGGAUCAAGUUGCUCAAGCUUUGAAAAUGAAAGCUGGGCGUCAACACAGUGAAGGAAGUUCAACUUCCUCCCUCGAUAUUAUGUCUGUUCAAGACAAUGAAAAUUUGAAAGAUGACUUUAGUGAGUUUAUCGAUAUCCCACAUUUGGUCUCUGAUAAUGAAUCCGAUGAGAUUACUACUCAACUGACAAGUUCUUUCACUCAAGAAUAUUGGCACCAAAAGAGGGCUACACAAGAAACUCCAGCAUCAGUUGCAAGUACUACUCAAGAGUCUAUUUUUUCGCCAGCACCAGCGCCAGCAGCAGCGCUAGCACCUGAACCAAUAGUCACAAGAAUAGCAACAGCAGUCGCACCCUCACCAUCAUCACCACCACCAGCAGCAACAAACACAACAGCUCAACAACAGAUUAGAAAUUUGAGAAAAUCCCAACACCACAACAAAGCAACUAAAUCUCCCAGCAGCAACAUCUCGCCUCAAUUGUUUAAACAUCAACGCACUCAGUUGAUGAAUAUAAUUGUCAAGUAUGUGGCAACAAAGAUCUACAAUGCGUUCCCACCAGAUUCUUCGAGAAAAGUCGAAGUCAAACCCGAACUUGCCAUUGACAAAUUCUUGUUAAUCUUGAUAAGCAGAUCACAAGUUUCAUUAUCGACUUUCCUCAAGAGUAUAAUUUAUUUAUUCCGGUAUAUGGAUAUCAUCUACUUGUUACGUUAUCUCAACCAAACCAAUAACUUUGUCCAGUACAACGACAUGGGAUUUGAGUUGAAGAAGUUGAUUGUUGGGUGUUUCAAGUUGACUGUAUUGAAGGAGAAUAAAGGUAAGAAGGCAGAAGACAAGAGUAGCAUCAAUUGGGAAGCGAUUACGGGGUUGAAGAACUCAGAAAUCAAUGCAAUAGUUAAACAGUUGAUUAACAGAAUGAAUGGCAAAUUAAACAUCAAGGAUAUCGAAUUGGUGAGAAUCAAGAAUGAAAUGUUUAGGUUUGUCAAGAUGAUUUCCGUUGAGUGA